CGCCGCACCGAGCCCGUACCCGGUGCCCGGUAUGGCGCUCAACCGCGGCGCGAGCUUGUCGCGCAAGACGAGCGGCGGCACGGGCUCGUCGUCGCUCCCGGGGAGCAAUGUCACGAGCCCGGUCCAGAGCCCGAGGGAGGAGCACCGUGGAACCUGGCCCUACUCGACGGCCAACUCGUCGACGAGCUCACUCCUGAGCAACACGACGAGCGGCGGUACGAUCAACCACCGCGACCGCGGCCACGACCUCGGCACCAAGGAGGUCAGCUUUGGCAUGAGCGCCGGCAGCACGAUCGAGAAGCCCGACUAUUCCGAGGCCAAGAUCGUCGUCGCCAUGGUCGGCUUGCCUGCUCGCGGAAAGAGCUACCUGUCGAACAAGCUGCAGCGCUACCUCCUCUGGCUCGAGUACCAGGUCAAGGUGUUCAACGUCGGGCAGUACCGCCGCCAGAUCUACCGCCGCAUGGCCGAGGAGUCGGGCCACAAGGCGGACCAGUCGAGCAACUUUUUCGACACGAAGAACGAGGAGGCGAGCAAGGCGCGCGAGGCCAUGGCGUCCGAGUGCCUCGAGGACCUGAUCCGGUGGCUCAAGGCCGGCGGCAAUGUCGGCAUCCACGACGCGACCAACUCGACGCGCAAGCGCCGCAAGGCGCUCGCCGACCGCAUCAAGCGCGAGCCCGGCCUCAAGCUCCUCUUCAUCGAGUCGCUGUGCACCGACCCGGCCGUCAUCGCGGCCAACAUUGCCGUCAAGGUGGCGAGCGGCGACCCGGACUAUGACGGCCAGCCGCCCGAGCAGGCCGAGCGCGACUUCCGCGAGCGCAUCAAGCACUACGAGGAGAGCUACGAGCCGUUCGACCCCGAGCUCGACAAGGACCAGACGUGGUGCCAAAUGGUCAACGUCGGCAAGCAGGUCACGGUGAACCGCAUCGACGGCUACCUCCAGUCGCGCAUCGCCUUCUACCUCAUGAACCUGCACUUGACGCCGCGCUCGAUCUACUUUACCCGGCAUGGCGAGUCGCAGUACAACGUCGAGGGCAAGAUUGGCGGCGACGCGCCGCUGUCGGCGCAGGGCGAGAAGUACAUGGAGGCGCUGCCCGACCUCAUCAAGAAGAAGCUCGGCGACACGCCCCUCACGGUGUGGACGUCGACGCUGCGCCGGACGAUCCAGACGGCGUCGCUGCUGCCGUACGAGAAGCUCACGUGGAAGUCGCUCGACGAGCUCGACGCCGGCGUGUGCGACGGCAUGACGUACGAGGAGAUUGCGGAGUACUACCCCGAGGACUACAACGCGCGCGACGACGACAAGUUCAACUACCGGUACCGCGGCGGCGAGUCGUACCGCGACGUCGUCAUCCGGCUCGAGCCCGUCAUCCUCGAGCUCGAGCGCCAGGAGAACAUCCUCGUCGUGUGCCACCAGGCCGUCCUGCGCUGCCUCUACGCCUACUUCCACAACCUGUCGCAGGAGGAGCUGCCUUACAUCAAGAUCCCGCUGCACACGGUCAUCAAGCUCACGCCCAAGGCGUACGGCUGCGACGAGGAGCGCUUCACCCUCCCGAUCGAGGCCGUCGACACGACUCGCCCUCGCCCGACCCGACUCGACCAGCUCAAGGUCGAGAAGCGCGACCUCGGCACCCUCAGCCCCUCGACCUCUCGCCCACCGUCUCGCGGCCGAGGCCUGUACGACGCCUAGCGCCCCUCUUUGUAUCUGUGCGAGUCGCUCGUCGUCGUGCUGUAACGAGCUGUCUGUGCCGCCCUC